UUCCUAUCCCCUCGGAGUCUGAAAACUACACUCAGAAACAAUGGCAAAACCAGCAGUUGCUUCUACUAAAAAGGAAUCCAAGCCUCACCAUCCUCCGUACCUUGAGAUGAUUUGUGAAGCAAUAUCGACCCUAAAGGACCGGACAGGGUCAAGCCAGCAAGCCAUUGCCAAGUUCAUCGAGGGAAAGUACAGUAAAAUGCUGCCCCCUGAUUUCAAGAAACAACUAUCGGUUCAGAUAAAGAAGUUCGUGAAAUCCGAGAAGCUUGUGAAACUCAAGAACUCCUACAAGAUUUCCUCGACUGAAAAGCUGAAGCUGACGAUCAAAGAGACCGAGAAAAAAGAAGAAACUAUUGAUAAGAACAAGUCCCCAAAGCCCAAAGAAAAGGCUGCGAAGAAGGUAUCCGAGAAAAGCGAGAAGACCAAGAGGCUGAGUCAAGUUAAGACCCCAGAGGCUCUUAAGAAAGCUAAAACGGAUGUGAAGAAGAAGACGGCGGUUUCCGGUUCCAAAGUGAAGCGUUUGAGUCAGGUGAAGACCCCAGAGGGAUUGAAGAGGAAGACUAGAAAGUAGCAAGGGAUUGAUGAUGGUGUUAGGGUCCGUUUGG